AAAUCACGGACGCACUUCUUACCGCCCAGGCUUUUGUUUUCUUUGCUGCCGGAUUUGAAACUUCUUCAACAACCAUGAGCAAUGCUUUGUACGAAAUGGCACUUCAUCAAGAGAUGCAGGAUAAGCUUCGCCAAGAGAUAAAAGAAGAGAUCAAAAAGAACAACGGCGAAUUGACCUUUGAAGGCGUAAAGAAUAUGCAGUAGCUCGAUAUGGUAUUUAAAGAAACUAUGAGGAAAUAUCCACCUGCAGCAUUAGUAGCGAGAGAGUCGUCUCAACCGUACACAUUUCGCGAAACCAAGAUUACAAUUCCCAAGAAAUUGCAAAUUUUUAUUUCGAUUCUUGGAUUACAUCGUGAUCCAGAAAUAUAUCCUUCUCCGGAAACUUUCGAUCCGGAAAGAUUCACCGAAAAAGCCAUUGCUGCCCGACAUCCAAUGUACUAUCUACCAUUUGGCGAUGGUCCUAGAAAUUGCAUUGGCGCCAGAUUUGCCUUGUAUCAAUCAAAAGUAGGCUUGAUUAAGUUUUUGUUAAGGCACAAAGUAAAUAUAUGUGAUAAAACAAAAGUUCCCUACGAGAUUCAUCCAAGAGCUGCCAUUCUGUCACCAAAGGAUGGUAUUUACGUGAAAAUAUCAACAGUAAGCGUAUAGCGAUAUAUUAAAGUUCUAUUACAAGGAACAGAAUUUUAUUAAAUGCGAUACCAUCAUAAAUGACAAUGUCUAAGACGUAUUGUAGAGGCGAGAAUAAAGGUUGUUUUCUUAUUACAUAUAUUAAUAUUAAAAAUGUCUCCCUCAUUGUACAGUGGAUACACGCUGUAUGACAUUAGUGUUGAAUUAAUAUAGGAAAAAGUGUAUUUAUUAAAAUAAAAAGCAGGUAAGAAUUUCGACUAGCGCCUGUCUACCAAA